CAAUUCAGCUGCAACGAUCGAUCCAGCGGAUGGAUUUGGAAAUCGUAGUUCUUUUGAAUUUGAAUUGAGAAAUGUUCAUCAAAUUCAAGGCAAAAUAUGCAGUCCACGAUUUGAAACCAUGCCAAAUAUUUUUUGGCAAUUAGGAUUUGUACUUGAAUCACCCAAUGAUCCAGAAUAUUGUGCGGUUUACCUCCAUGCAAUUUGUAACAUGGAUGAAAUAGAUGAAUAUGAUCAAUCUAGAAAUGAUUGUUUACCUGCUAGAAUGUAUUUGAAGCGACCAGAUGGAACAAUUAUCAAAGAAAUGACUACGUCUUCAAGAUUUAAAUUUAAAGCAGUUAAAAUUCGGAGGUUGCGUAUGGCACAAUUUUGUAGACGUUCUAGACUUACUGAUAACCUUACCAUUGGAGUUCGAUUGAAAAGUACGCAACUUGGAAAUCAUUUCUUUAGGACAUUAUCAUUCCAUGAACCUAUCCCAAUUAAACCAAUUCCCGGAACUUUGAUAUCUGCUUGGAAGAAUGAAUUUCAAAAACCUGGAUCAGGUGAUGUUAAAAUUACAGUUCAAGGGCAAACAAUUUUUGCAAGUAGUUCAAUUCUUGCAAAACGUUCGGAAUAUUUCCAAAGAAUGUUUAAUGGAUCAUGGUUAGAAUGUAACCAAUCCAUAAUCGAUGAACAACCCGAAGAUGAUUCGAUUUCUAGUGAUUAUAGAGGAACAGAAAUUAACUUUGCAAAUUCGUCAUCCAAAACGUUGACUAGUCGAAAAUAUCAAUAUUCAAUCGAUAUUCCGGAUUUUGAUUAUCAAACUGCUGUGCAAAUGCUUUUAUUUCUUUAUACUGAUCAAGUAGAUAUUAACAAUUGUCCAAAUAUUUGGAACCUUUAUACAAUUGCUAAUAAAUACCUAAUAGCAGACUUAGAGAUGGAGGCAAAAUUAAAGAUUCUCGAGGGAAUGAGCAUAAAUACUGCGGCAGAAAGCUUAUUUGGAAAUGCAUGGAAAUGGCCGGAUUUGAAAAAAAGAUUUCUGAGAUAUGUUGUUGAUAAUUUUUCACAAAUUAGAAAUAGUCAUGGUUAUAAAAAUAUAGCAGCAAAUCGUUCAAAAUAUCCAAUGUUCCUUGAGUUGAAUAGUGAGAUCUUGUUAGCUUUU